AGACACCGGAGAGGAAAGUACGAAUUAAAAAAAAAAACAGAAGAGCUUGAACUACUUGGCUUUGCGCGCCUCCCGCCCUUCUUCCGCCUCCCCCGGACGUGCGCGUUCACGCGGAGCGACGCGCGCGCGCGUGUGUUUACAAGUGAGUUUUGAACGAGUGCCAGCAGCGAGGCAGCGAGGAGGCAUGGUGGACAACUCAGGCACUAGUAAGGCGCAAAUGCCCAGCAUGUCUCAGGAGGCCGGCGUAGCCUUUCCUCAGAGCUCCUCCACAGGGGGCAUGAAGCUGGAGGCGGUGAUGGAGCAACUCCAGCGCCAGCAGCAGGCGCGACUAGAAAUGGAGCGCAAGGAGAGGAAGCUGCGAGAGGCCCACAUCAUGUACGCCCAGCAGGUGGCCGCCCAGCAGGCCAUCCUGGCGGCCGCCCGGGCUUCCGGGGCCAACUUCAUGGGCAAAGGCCUGGCGAUGGGCGCGAUGGGGGCGAUGCCCAGUGGCGGCGGCGGCGCGCUACCUCCCCGUGUGUCCAACCAGAGCAGCGUGGACUCUGAGAAGGAGGAGGACGACGACCGGGGUCGAGAUUCGGGCGAUGAGGACGACGACAACGAGAUGAUGGACGGCGACGAGCGCAGCGACGAGGAGGAGGGCGGCGCCGGCGGCCUGGAGUUCCUCCGCAAGCAGACGCUGGCGCUGCAGCAGAGCGCCGCCCGCAUCCAGCAGGCCCGCCCUUACGUCAGCUUUGCCGCGUCGGCGCCCCAGAGGCCGCCGUCCCCGCCUAUCCGAGUCAAGCAGGAGCCCGACGAGGGGCUGUCGCCCGCGGGGGCCCACCCUGCUACCUCCCCCAACGGCCAGGCGGACUGGAGCUUUGACGACCACUUCAGACAGAAUGGCAGUGCAAGCUGGGCGGACGAGGCCGACAGUAGCAGAGGACGAGGAGAAGCCUCCAGAGACUUCGCCAAGCUGUACGAGCUGGACAACGACCCCAAACGGAAGGAGUUCUUGGACGACCUCUUCACCUUCAUGCAGAAAAGAGGCACCCCCGUCAACCGCAUCCCCAUCAUGGCCAAGCAGGUGCUGGACCUGUACAUGCUCUACAAGCUGGUGACGGAGAAGGGCGGUCUGGUGGAGGUGAUCAACAAGAAGAUCUGGAGAGAGAUCACAAAGGGACUCAACCUGCCGACCUCCAUCACCAGCGCGGCCUUCACCCUGCGCACUCAGUAUAUGAAGUAUCUGUACCCCUACGAGUGCGAGAGGAAGGGCCUCAGCUCCCCGGGCGAGCUCCAGGCGGCCAUUGACAGCAACCGGCGCGAGGGCCGGCGCCCCAGCUACAGCAGCAGCCUCUUCCGCUUCUCGCCCUCGCCCAGUACGGCGCCGCACAUCCUCUCGCCUCCCAAGAUGCACCUCUCCGCCCUGGCCGCCGGGACCUCGGGGGUCCUCAAUGGCCUGCACGCCUCGCCGGGAUCCUCCAUGAAGAAAGACGACCUGACCUCCUCCAUCAUGGCGGGCCGGCCCUCCAUGGCAUUGACUUUGGGCCAGCAUCAGGUGGCGGGCCUGGCGCGCGCCGCCACGCUGGAGCAGCUGCGGGAGAAGCUGGAGACCGGCGUGGGCGUCAUGGCGGGGGAGGGGCCGGAGAGGAAGAUGGCGCGCCUGGCCGAGGAGCAGCAGCGCCUCAUGCAGCAGGCCUUCCAGCACAACCUGCUGGCCAUGGCCUCGCAAAUGCCCAUGAACCUGCGCCUGGGGGCCCCCGCCGUGGCACACAGAGAUGAGAAGCAGCAGGACAUGUCUCUGAGCAUCUCCACCAACGGCAACGCCAGCAUCACCGUCUCAGUGGAGGUCAACGGCACCAUGUACUCAGGAACACUCUUCGCCCAGAAGGCCGGAGGGGUCCUGGGGGCCGCCGCCGCCGCCGCUUCGGCCCCCGCCGCCGGAUCCGGCUUUGCCUUCUCGGCGCCCCCGACUCAGACCCUCAGCCCGGCGUCCACCUCCUCCUCCUCCUCCUGCUCCAAGGGCCCCGGUCUGGCCGAGCUGGCCCCCAACGGGUCGCCCUAAUCGCGAGGGCCUGCUCCCUCUGUGCCCCUCCCCCACAUCCCCCACCCCCACCCACACACCCUCCCUCCUCCAGCGGGUGCAUGAAUAUUCAGUACAGUGAGAAAGAUUUCAAACUGUUGCACAACAAUUACCUCAUCAACCCUGUCGACUUCUUGGCUGUCCAACGGUGAGGAGACAAGUUCACUCACACACACGUGCUGGGAACGCACGACUAUGCAUUACACACACACACACACACACACACACACACACACACACACACACACACACACACACACACACACACACACACACACACACGCUAAACACAAUCAGCGCAGCCAAAACCCACUGACAGGCGUCGUCACAACUGAACUUGAAAAUCUUUUUAGCAUAUUUUCUUUCGUUUGUUGCCAUUUUGUUGUCUUUGAUUUUGUGUUUCUAGAAUGUUCUCUCGACAUACCUCAAAUCAAGAAACCUGCAGUGGCGUCGUUUUUACCUCAGGACUACAAAAUAUUUAACCUCGAUCCUACAGCUUCUUUCUUCUUCCCUCGUCUGGAGAAGUUUCUCGCUGCAAUCAGAGUCAGGUGUGGGCACAAGGUGAAAUAGGAAAAAAACAAAAAAAACCUCACGGUUCUUGCUGCCACCCCUCCACGCGGACCAGCCUGGUCCCCGACUGAACCACAGCACCUCUCUGCACGAGUGCUCCUUCCAAACUUUUAAAGCGUUCGGGGAUGUGCGGGCGUCCCUCUCAGGAAGCUUUAGCCCCGCCCCCCGUGGAAGAAUGAACUUAAAAGAAUACCUCAUGUGCGAAACACUACAUAUACCUCACAGGGCGGGCAGGAUGGAAGCCCCGCCCCCCUUUGCCCCCCUCUCGUCAACUGACAACAAAACGCACGCUUGUCUCUCUGUUGUACAAAAACACUUUUUUAACCCUUUGCGUUGCCUCGUUAAGACCUCCGACGCGCGCGUACAAUCACCUGACUUCACCCGCAAUGUUGCACAGCUAGAUACCAAAAAGUAAACAAACGCGUGGAAAGCAGUGGGCGGUACAUUUAGCACAAAAAUAUGCAAAAUAUGCUAAUUGAGUGCCACAAAGCGGCUUAGGUGACAAAGAAAAAGGAGUUUAAUAUUUAAUAAUGUGUCUUACUUGGACAGUCGAAUAUAUAUUUUUUUGUUGUUGUUUUUUAAAGCAUAUUCUAUGGAGGUUAAUUUGUGUUUUUUUGCAAAAGCUUUUUGUGGACACUGAAUUUAUGUAACUGAAUUUUAUUUAUUUUUUUUACUUCAAAUUAUGCUGACAAUUCCAUUGAAUACAAAUUUGUGAGCAAACAGCGUGUUUAAAGAUGCACUUUGGUAAAAUACAGUGUUUUGAAAUUCACUGUGUAAAAAAAGGUCAGAGAAAUUCAGUGUAAAAAAAACAGUGCAUAAAAAUUCAGGGUAAUAAAAAUUUUGCGUAAAAAAUUGAGUGUAAUAAAAAUUCAGUGUAAAAAAAAAAUCAGUGCAUAAAAAUAUAGUGUAGGUAAAAUUCUGUGUGAAAAAUUCAGUGCAGAAAUAUUCAGUGUAAUAAAAAAUUCAGUGCAGAAAAAAUCUGUGUAAUAAAAAUUCUGUGUAAAAAGAAAAUCAGUGCAGAAAAAAUGUCUAAUUCAGUGCAGAAAUAUUCGGAGUAAUGAAAAAAUUAAGUGCAGGAAUAUUCAGUAUAAAAAAAUUCAGUGCAGAAAAAAUCAGUGUAAUAAAAACUGCAAUUAAAAAAAAAAAUCAGUGCAGAAAAUGUUUGUGUAAUUCAAAUUCAGUGCGUAACUAUUCAGUGUAAAAAAAAAAUCAUUGCAGAAAUAUUCAGUGCAAACAAAAAUCAGUGCCGAAAUAUUCAGUGUAAUAAAAAAUUCAGUGCAGAAAAAAAUCAGUGUAAUAAAAUUUCAAUGCAGAAACAAAUUAUUGCAAAAAUAUUCAGUGCAGAAAAAUUCAGUGUAAAAAAAAAAAAAUAGUGCAGAAACAUUUUGUGUAAUUCAAAUUCAGUGCAUAAAUAUUCCGUGUAAAAAAAUCAGUGCAGAAAUAUUUAGUGUAAUAAAAAAUCAGUGCAGAAAAAUUCAUUGCAAAUAAAAAUUCGGUGCAGAAAAAAUCAGUGUAAAAAAAAUAGUGUACAAAAAUUAAUCAGUGUAAGAAAAAAAUCAGUGUAGAAAUAUUCAGUGUAAAACAAUUACCGGUAAGUGCAAAAAAAUUCUGUGUAAUAAAAAUUCAGUGGGGAAAAAAAAAAUCACUGCAAAAGAAUUUGUUGCUUCAAAACUUAAGACCCACUUCCGGUAAAUGAAGACAGAAGCACCUCAUUGGCUGCGUCUGAGAGAGGAUUGAUUGCUUGAGUCUUAAUUUAUCAGAAGUGGGUCUUUUUUUUAAUGUUUUAUUUUUUUAUUAAUCAGUCCAACAAAAUAAUGCACAAUACUAAUACAGUUCCAAUUGUAUUAUAUUUCUGCACUGAAUUUUUAUACAGUGAUAUUUUUUUUUACUAUUUUUUUUAUUUUACACAAUUUUUAAAACACUGUUUGACAAACUGAAUGUUUAAACACACAUUUUGCUCACACUUUUUUAUGCAAUGAAAUUGUCAGCAAGUUUUGAUUCAGUUCACAAAAUUUAAACUCCAAAAAUUCAGUUCUAUAAAUUCUGUCAGAACCAAAGCUUUCAUAAUAAAGACACAAUUUGACCUCCAUGAUAUUUGACCUCAUUUUGGCCUAAAUUAAUCAUUUUUAAUCAUAAACAUGUCUAAAUGAACUGAAAAUAUCUAUACUACCAAUCAGAGCAUGCUGUUUAGUAUCGUGGUCACUGAUUGGCUCAGCCUUAGCCAGCAUUACUCUACCUCAGAAAAGUAGUUCUAACUAUUCAUUAAAAACAAGGCAGAGGUUUUAUUUAGCAAGUAUAUUUCAUAUUUUUAGCCGUAGUAAUAUCACACACAGUUUGAACAGUAACACUGUGUUUCAAUAUUUAAUUCGCAGAUUGAGCACGCAUACCACAGUUUGAGCAUCACUGCUAUGUUCCAUUAAACGAGUGUAAAGGUGACUUUUGUUACUAUUUUAUGUCUGUAAGGCUCUCAUUAUGUUAAACAAUUUAAAAAGUAAAAAAAAAAAAAAAAAAACGUUUUAAUGCUUUAUUUUGAAAAUAUUCCUUUUAUAAUUCCUAUUUUGCGGGAAUUCACCAAUUAACAAGGCAUUUAUUUUUACAAUGUGCAGAAAAUGGCCGCCGCUGCUUUCGAACGCCAGGACGGUGUGACUUGACCAGUUUAAUGUACGUUUUGAAUGCCCCUUUCACACAGAAAAGCCCUGCCUUUUCCCCCCAUGUAUGACUGUUCUGUGUAGGCGAUGAAGGCGACCCGGCAAUAUUCUGCCUUAAGACUAGGUAGCAUCAGAGUUGUGUGAAAGGAUUAGGAAUUUAAGUUUAAACACUUUUUUUCUUUCUUUCAGCCCUGUUGUGUGGCCCACGUUAUGUUGCAUCGCUGUGUGAAAGCGCACUGAAAAAAUCUGUCCGUUCCAGUUUACUGUGACGUCUGUUUUUCCUGUAUGAACAGCACCGAUUCAUGGAGGACAAAUUGGUCUUGACAGUUUCCCGCCUUCUGAGGUAACCUGUGGCUCUUUUCACGCAGAGAUCCACACAGAAGAUUCGGCAUGUGUCCGCCCGUAGCUUUUUACACAGAAUUCCGGCGUUUUCUUCCCCUGUUAACAGUCUUUGUGUGAAAAGGGCCUCGCUACAGCUCUGAAGGCGGGAAGUUGUCACCGUCGACCCGGUUUGGCAGUAGUCUCUUUCACACAGAGAUGACACAUCAGAGACGGUGGACCCAGGACAUGUGCCUUUCACACAGCGACACGGCAUGCCGUCAUCACAUGAUUGUGACGCCACGCAUCAAAUAGGUGGGGGUAAACAAUUUGGUGUGUCAGGUGUUGUCCCGGCUCUGUUACGGCUUCUACCUUUUAUGGUCUUCUGUGUGAAAGGAGCAAUGGACUUUCUUCCCGAUUCGACCUGGGGUCACUACGCGGUCCAAGGAAUCGAGGACGAUCCUUCUUUCCUUUUAGGAAGUCACGCGACCGCAGUUGCUUCUUGGUGUGUGAAUGGCACCGACGCUGGUGUCCAGCAGAGGGCAGCGUUGUCACACAGGCAAUUUAAUUAAGAGGCGAGAAGCCGCCUUCAAAUCUCUUCUCUCUCCAAGAUUAAUCCUUUGGAGAGACCUCUCACUCUUUACUUUAUUUUUAAAGGCGGCAAGGGGGCGCCUUUCAUACAUUUUUUUUUUUUUUUUUUUUUGGUAUUUAUUUUUUUUGUCUUGAUUUAAUUCCUCUUCUUUAGCGGCGGACAUUUUUAUUAUGCUUUCAUACAGUAACAAGGUGGAUCGUUACUAAAGCGCUGGUGCACGUCCAGUUUGGCGACUAGGAACCAAUCAAUCAAGCGCCCAGUUUGGUGACAAUCUUUGCAAAAGAAGAAAAACAAUCUUAGCGAGCUACUUUGUUAGCGUGACAUUUUUACCAUUUUGCUGACCUGCUGCAUAAAAGUAUACAUGGUGUGUGUGUGUGUGUGUGUGUGUGUGUGUGUGUGUGUGUGUGUGUGUGUGUGUGUGUGUGUGUGUGUGUGUGGCCAUUAGACCCUUGUCACAUGAUGUCGGAACACUUCCGGGAGUUAGCUUUUUUUUAACACUUACUCGAAAACCCGGCAAUUUUCCACCAUCUGAGGUUUUAUCGGAACUGCGACAUAAGCAGGGGCGCUAAUCAAUUGUUGCUGCCGGUCAAGUGGAUUGUUCUGGGUGUAAAUACAAACCGUCAUAUUCCACUUCACUUGGUUCUGUGUAAAAGGCACAAGCCGGUAAAAUCACGGCUAAAAUGCGCCAUUUUUUGCGGGAUCUGAAGUAGGAUUGUUGAGUCUUUUUUUUGUUAAUUGACACAACGGUGUGCGCUUUCACACAGCAGCGCGUUACCUGGCAAUCAAUGGGCUAGAUGCGUGGCAAUUUCCGCGACAGGUCAUUUCUCACACGCUGGAAAAUAGCCAGGUCAACUUUACAUGUCUGUUUCCACAGAACAACAUGGUGGGAAAACGCUGGUUUUAAAUCCUGUGUGAAAACCUCCCAGGCGCUUCUUUGUUUGGUAGCAUUGGCAGCCAAUUUUUUAAACAACAUUUUUUUUCUUUGUUAAGACAAACAGGAAAGUAGCGGGAAAAAUGCCGGAUAUAAAUGCUGUGUGAAAACAUCCCUGGUGCUUCUUUUGUUUGCUAUGCUAGCCAUCGUUACUAAUUAACUAAGAUAAACAUGACGACAAAUUUGUGGGACAUUUGAAAGAAAAACACAAUUUUCCCCUGAGUGCUGUGUGAAAGGCACAAGCAGAUAAAAUGUGUCUGUUUUUUUUUCCGGCUACAUGCAGCAGUUUUGUGAAAAGUUUUGUUUUUAUCAACUGCCAUAUAACUUUUGUCAUCUGUUAACACAGAAACAGCAAAGUAGCGGGAAAAAUGCCGGAUUUAAAUGCUGCGUGAAAACAUCCCUGGCGCUUCUUUUGUUUGGUAUGCUAACCAUCGUUGCUAAUGAACUAAGAUAAACGUGAGCUUGUGACGACAAAUUUGUGGGACAUCUGAAAGAAAAACAAAUGUUUUGCCUGAGUGCUGUGUGAAAGGCACAAGCAGAUGAAAUGAGUCUACAAUUUUGUGAAAUCUCUGUUCGAAAAGUUUAGUUUUUUGUCAACUGCCGUUCAACUUUAGUCGUCCGUUAACACAAACAGGAAAGUAGCGGGGAAAAUGCUGGAUUUAAAUGCUGUGUGAAAACAUCCCUGAUGCUUCUUUUGUUUGCUAUGCUAGCCAUCAUUGCUAAUUAACUAAAGUAAAUAUUAGCUAGUGACGACAAAUUUGUGAGACAGUUGUAAGCUAAACAACAAUUUUCCUGAGUGCUGUGUGAAAGGCACAAGCCGAUAAAAUGCUUUUGUCUACUGUUCCGGCUACAAUGCGGCAAUUUUGUCGAAUCUCUGCGUGAAAGCUUUUGUUUUUAUCAACUGCCAAUUUGUGCGACAUUUGAAAGAAAAACUACAUUUUUCCCUGAGUGCUGUGUGAAAGGCACAAGCAGAUAACAUGUCUGUCUUGUUUUCCGGCUACAUGCGACAACUUUGUGAAAUCUCUGUGUGAAAAGUUUAGUUUUUUUUUGUCAACUGCCAUUCAACUUCAGUCAGGAAGGUAGCGGGGAAAAUGCCGGAUUUAAAUGCUGUAUGAAAACAUCCCUGGCACUUCUUUUGGUUGCUUUGCUAGCCAUCGUUGCUAAUUAGCUAAAAUAAAUAUUAGCUAGUGAUGACAAAUUUGUGGGACAGAUGUAAGCUAAACAACAAUUUUCCUGAGUGCUGUGUGAAAGGCACAAGCAGAUAAAAUGCUUUUGUCUACUGUUCCGGCUACAAUGCGGCAAUUUUGUCGAAUCUCUGCGUGAAAGCUUUUGUUUUUAUCAACUGCCAAUUUGUGGGACAUUUGAAAGAAAAACUAAAUUUUUCCCUGAGUGUUGUGUGAAAAGCACAAGCAGAUAAAAUGUCUGUUUUGUUUUCCGGCAACAUGCGACAAUUUUGUGAAAUCUCUGUGUGAAAAGUUUAGGUUUUUUUUGUCAACUGCCAUUCAACUUCAGUCAGGAAGGUAGCGGGGAAAAUGCCGGAUUGAAAUGCUGUGUGAAAACAUCCCUGGCACUUCUUUUGUUUGCUAUGCUAGCCAUCGUUGCUAAUUAACUAAAAUAAAUAUUAGCUAGUGAUGACAAAUUUGUGGGACAGAUGUAAGCUAAACAACAAUUUUCCUGAGUGCUGUGUGAAAGGCACAAGCCGAUAAAAUGCUUUUGUCUACUGUUCCAGCUACAAUGCGGCAAUUUUGUCGAAUCUCUGCGUGAAAGCUUUUGUUUUUAUCAAUUGCCAAUUUGUGGGACAUUUGAAAGAAAAACUAAAUUUUUCCCUGAGUGCUGUGUGAAAGGCACAAGCAGAUAAAAUGUCUGUCUUGUUUUCCCGGCCACAUGCGACAAUUUUGUGAAAUCUCUGUGUGAAAAGUUUAGGUUUUCUUUGUCAACUGCCAUUCAACUUCAGUCAGGAAGGUAGCGGGGAAAAUGCCGGAUUGAAAUGCUGUGUGAAAACAUCCCUGGCACUUCUUUUGGUUGCUUUGCUAGCCAUCGUUGCUAAUUAGCUAAAAUAAAUAUUAGCUAGUGAUGACAAAUUCAUGGGACAGAUGUAAGCUAAACAACAAUUUUCCUGAGUGCUGUGUGAAAGGCACAAGCCGAUAAAAUGCUUUUGUCUACUGUUCCGGCUACAAUGUGGCAAUUUUGUCGAAUCUCUGCAAGAAAGGUUUUGUUUUUAUCAACUGCCAAUUUGUGGGACAUUUGAAAGAAAAACUAAAUUUUUCCCUGAGUGCUUUGUGAAAGGCACAAGCAGAUAAAAUGUCUGUCUUGUUUUCCGGCUACAUGCGACAAUUUUGUGAAAUCUCUGUGUGAAAAGUUUAGGUUUUUUUUGUCAACUGCCAUUCAACUUUAGUCAGGAAGGUAGCGGGGAAAAUGCCGGAUUUGAAAUGCUGUGUGAAAACCACCCAGGUGUCAGUUAGUGCUCUUGGUUAAUUAGCCGACGUCAAAGUUAACGAGCGUGCUAGCGUCCUCCUCCCCCUCGAAGUGCUGCGACGUCCUGGUGAAAAGGGUCCGCUGGCUUAAGCCCCUCCCCCUUGUCUUUACGCCACAAUACCUCAAAAGUGCGGCUUGCGCGGAUGCUAAAGCUAGUUAGCAUCAAAACAAGGCAGCCGGGCUGAAUGCUACUUAAGACUGACUUUUGCUGUUUUGGGAUUCCUCUUUUUUUUUCUUUCUUCUUUCUCUUUCUUGUCACCAGUAACUGCAGCCGAGAAGCUGUGAAUUUUUUAUUUUUUUUUGGCUCGGAUGAUUUAUUGUUUUUUGAGUUAUUUCAGCUUUAAGAUUGUUUAAGAACUAACCUGAUCUUUGUAAAAAAAAAAAAAAAAAAAAAGGUAAAAAAAAAAAAACAAGAAGCAGGCGCAUUAUGCAAAUUAUGCAAAUGGUUAUCAGAUACCUCAUUUAUGCAUUUUCUUUUACGUGUACAAUGCUCCGUAUAUUCUUUCAGCUGUGCAUAUUUUUGUACUGUUCUUAUUAUGACGGACAUGCGCAGAAUUAUGACGCCACUUCUUCCAUAUUAGUUUGACCCCGCCCCCUUUUGACGGAAGGAGGACGAGAGGCGGAAGUAGGACAACAAGUGGUGAGUGCUCGUCAACAAGGCAGAAGUGGUUUGUGCUGAUUGUAUUUAAGAGGAGCACUUUCCAAGUGUUUUGUCCCCACACAUUCACUUUUGUUCAUAUUAGUAAUAUAAAAGAUGGUUCUCAGGGCUUUAAACUUGUAUGUCAUGAUAAAGUUUUACUUUAUAUCUUAACUCU